GCUUACAACAGCCCACGACCACCAUGUUUGUAUCGAUCGUCCUGGCAGCCGUCUGCCUUGCUAGCAGCACGGUCUUGGCUGCAACUGAUAAGCCAUUCUAUGACGUGGAAGACUCUGAGAACUUGUUCGAGAGUUUUCUCCAAGAGCAUAAUAAAGUAUACAAGAACCGGAGGGAGUAUUACGAACGGCUUGGCAAUUUCAAGAAAAGCUUGAGGGAAAUAAAUGAGCGAAAUGCCAAAUUUCCUGACACUGUAUUUGCAUUGAACCACUUUGCUGACUUAUACCCUGAUGAGCUGCAGCAAUAUUUAGGCUUCAAACUUCCAGAAAACAUGACGGGUGUAGUACUCCCCAAUGGGCCGACUCCGACGGAAGACCACUUUGACUGGAGGGACAAGGAUGCUGUUACACAUGUUAAGAACCAAGGAAGGUGUGGAAGUUGCUACAUCUUCAGCGCUGUUGGUAAUAUUGAAGGGCAGUACGCCAUCAAACACAAGCAAUGCCUAGCCUUGUCUGAAGGGCAGGCUCUCGACUGCCUUCACAAGGGAAGAUGCUACGGAGGUUGGAUGCACGAAGUUAUGCAAGAACUUGCUCACACAAAGAAAAAGUUAGAAAAAGAAUCAGACUAUCCCUAUGUCCCUGUAAAAAGAGAUUGCACUGAAGACGCCAGCAAAGGAGUUGCGCUAGUAACAGGAGGAGAUUACGUCGCAAUCGCCGAUGAAGAAGAAUUGAAGAACAAAUUGGUAAACUUAGGACCACUUGCAGUGGCUUUAAAUGCCUAUGACUUCUUCUUUUAUCAUAAAGGCAUACUAGAACCAGACUACUGCAAGAAGCUGCCACCUAACCACGGCGUGCUUUUGGUCGGAUAUGGAGAAGAAAAUGGCAAGAAGUAUUGGAUUAUUAAAAACUCGUGGAGCUCAGGGUGGGGAGAAAAAGGCUACGUGAGACUGUUGCGAGGAGUCGACGCUUGCGGCAUGGGCACCAGAUACACCGCUCACUCCCAAGUGAAUGUAACUUCAUCAGUUCGUCUACUGGUUGUUCUGCGAAGCUCACAACUGUCAGAAGCUAUGUUUGUACCGAUCGUCCUGGCAGCCGUCUGCCUUGCCAGCAGCACGGUCUUGGCUGCAACUGACAAGCCAUUCUAUGACGUGGAAGACGCUGAGAACUUGUUCGAGAGUUUUCUCCAAGAGCACAAUAAAGUGUACAAGAACCGGAGGGAGUAUUACGAAAGGCUUGGCAAUUUCAAGAAAACUUUGAAAAACAUAAAUGAGCGAAAUGCCAAGUUUCCUGAUACUGUGUUUGCAUUAAACCAGUUUGCUGACUUAUACCCUGAAGAGCUACAGAAAUAUAAUGGCUUCACACUUCCAACCAAUGUGAAGGGUGUAGUACUCCCUGACGGGCCGACUCCGACGGAAGAUCACUUUGACUGGAGGGACAAGGGUGUUGUUUCACAUGUAAAGUACCAAGGAUUUAGUCUUAGCUACAUCUUCAGCGCUCUUGGUAAUAUUGAAGGGCAGUACGCCAUCAAACACAAGCAAUGCCUAGCCUUUUCUGAAGGGCAGGCUUAUGAAUGCCUCCGCACAGGAAAUGGAUAUUAUUGGCCGCACAAAAUUAUGCAGGAACUUGCUCAGACAAAGAAAAAGUUAGAAAAAGAAUCAGACUAUCCCUUUGACGAUGAAAAAAGAAAUUGCAGUGAAGACGCCAGUAAGGGAGUUGUGCUAGUAACAAGUGGUGAUAGGAUCGAAAUCGCGGAUGAAGAAGAAUUGAAGAACAAAUUGGUAAACUUAGGACCUCUGGCAGUGGGUAUAAGUGCAAAUGACUUAGCCAGUUACUAUAAAGGCAUACUAGAACCAUCCGACUGCAUAGGAGAUACAAAUAACCACUCCAUGCUCUUGGUCGGCUAUGGAGAAGAAAAAGGGAAGAAGUACUGGAUUCUUAAAAACUCGUGGGGCGCAUGGUGGGGAGAAAAGGGCUACGUGAGACUGUUGCGAGGAGUGAAUGCUUGCGGCAUGGGCACCGAAUACACCGCCCACUCCCAGGUGGCUUAGAGUCUGCCGUCACUCCCAGCCGUUCACAUCACCGUACAUUCUUUGAUUGCAUGUUGCUUCGGUUAACAUAAUGGAUAUCUUCAUUUAAAUCUAUAAUCAAUUUAAAAUUCUCUAUCUAUGGUAAACUGCAAAACUCAUUUCAUUUGGUAGCU